CAUGUUACGCCUAUGACAACCGUAGAAGGAAGGUAAACUUAAGCAGAAAAUAUGGCCGUUAGUGGCCGUAAAUUAAACCCAUCUUUUUACAAAGGAUCGGACAUAGAACAUGAUUUUCCGUGUUCUCCUUGUUUUAAAGAAGGGAAGAAUGUGGCUGCUAUUAAACAUUGCGUGGAAUGUGAUGAAAAUCUGUGUCAAAAAUGUUUAGGUGAUCAUAAUAAGUUUUCGUCAAUGAGAGGACAUCAGUUACUAGACACGGUAAAACAACCGAGCGGGAUAAAGCAGGAAUUACCAAGUCAGAGAUGUGAGAGACACGGAGGAAAAUUGAUUGAUGUCUACUGUCCUGGUCAUGAUAAAGUUGGCUGCGCAACGUGUAUGACUAUUGAACACAGUGGCUGCAAAGGUAUAAGCUACAUACCAGACAUAGCUUGUAAAGCUAAAACCUCCGAAAAACUAAACCUGCUGGAAGCUGACCUAAACACACUACAGUCUCGUUUCCACGCCUUAAAACAAAUCAAGCAGGAAGAAGUAGAAAAUGCGAACAAAGAAAAAAGCCAAUUGAUUAAAGAAAUAAAAUCAGAAAGGAAGAAAAUCAACGACCAUUUGGACAAAAUGGAAAUGCAACUUCUUCAAGAAGUGGAUGCCACCUUUCAGAUAAAACUGCAACAUAUAGAGUCAUGCAUGAAAGAAGUUGAUGCAAAGAUCGUUUCACUUCAAGAAAAUAUGCAAAAGAUCAGUGUUGCUAAACAUGAAAACGUAUCCGAGAAAUAUGUGCAGAUAAAACUUGUUAACGAGAGAAGAAAAGAUGCAGGCGAUUGUUUAGAAAACUUAGGAGGGUCGGGAAAAACAGGCAGAUUACGGUUUGAACCGGACGGACAUGUGACUGAUUCGAAAUGUAACUUUAUUGGAAAUGUUCUUCAUCUUCCAGUAAUUGAAGCAGAAAAAUGUCAUGUUAUUAAUUUGAGAACAAAGAAUGAUAAGCAUUCGUGCACAAUAUUUGACAUGUGCAUGUGUGAAGAUGGGUGUAUUGUUAUGACAGAUUAUCAUAAUAAAUGUAUUAAGAAAAUGAAUGAUUCCUUCCAGAUCAUAUCGUCGCUGAAUGUCAAUGACAAUCCUUUUGGUAUUUGUCAGAUAGACUCGACACUGCUGGCCGUUACUCUGAUUAAUGAUAAGACAGUUCAGUUUAUCUCUCAGACAGAGCCAAUGAAGUUACAACAUUCCUUUAAAGUCGGCGAUAGAUGUCGAGGUAUUGCAUACAAUGACGGGAUGAUUUAUGUUUGCUGUGGUGGAUCAAAGAAACGAGAAGAGGAAGACGUCGGCCAUUUAGCGGUAUAUUCUCUUUCUGGACAAUUGUUAGCAUCGUACUUUGGUGACAUUCAAUGUCCUUCACGUGUUAUAAUCUCAAGCCUCAAAAUGGAAAUAUUUGUGUCUGACGUAUAUGAAGGUAUCUUUCUCGUUGAUAAAAACCAAAGUAUUAAACACAUUACUGUAGAUAAGCAACUUUUUUCAGAUUGUUGUGUUUUUGGGGAAAAAAAAAAGUUUGCAAAGCAUUUUCUUCAAAGUGUUAUUCUGAAAGAUUUAAGAGCUUCAUUUGUUACAAAAAAUUGGGAACUUAAAAAGGAUAGAACAAAGCUCGCAAAGGUUAAAGGGAUGGACCGAGCAAAAAUGAUUGAAGAUCGAAAGACCAAAUUAAUAACCUUGCAAUUUGCUAAUCAUUACACGUAUCUAUUCUGUUGA